AUGCCUACCAGAGAUCUCGUGGCCUGGAACGCCAUGAUACACGCCAUAGCAGAGCAUGGAAGCUUGGACGAAGCAUUAGCAAUGUUCCAGAAAAUGCCACAGUGGAACUUCUCCUCGUGGAACUCUUUGAUUGCAGAAUUUGCCAAGAGAGGGCAUCUUGGUUCCGCAAAGGAGGCCUUCGAUUCCAUGCCGGCGCGCAACGAUGUGUCUUGGGCGACCAUGGUGGCUGCUAUGGCUUCCAUCGAUCGCUCAUUGGACGAUGGCAGAUCUUGCUUCCAUCUCAUGCCGCAGCACGAUCUAGUCUCCUCCUCUGCGAUGGCGGUCGCCUUUGCCCGCAAUGGAGAUCUCUCCCUCGCGAAGAAGAUCAUGGAUUCCACGCCGGAUCAGAGCACCGCGAGCUGGAACGCCUACCUCGAAUCUCUCUCGCAGCGCGGAGAUGUCACCGCAGUAGACGCGGCAUUCGCAGAGAUCGCCCAGCGCGAUGAGAUCAGCUGGACGAUCCUGCUCAAGACGCAUCGCGAGGAUCUGGGCGAGGCAGAAUCGAUCCACGCGCGCAUGCCGAGCUGCAAUGCGGUGUCGUCCACGCUCAUGAUCUCGGCCUAUGCGGAGCACGGGCACCUGGAAGAAGCGAUUCGCGAAUUCGAUUGCAUGCCGGAUCGAUCGAUCGUGUCGUGGAACGCGAUGAUCCGGGCAUUCGUGGAUUGCGGCGAGAGCUUGCAGGAGGCUAAGCGCGUGUUUGAUAUGAUGCCCACGCGAGACAUUGUCUCGUGGAACUCCAUAGCCCAGGCAUAUUCCGAUCGAGGGUAUCUAAGCGAGGGAAGAUUCCUCUUUGCGAUCAUGCCAGCGUGGAAUACCAUCACUUGGACGGUCCUGAUCUGCGCAAAUGCCGAGAACGGGUAUAUUGAGCAAGCACGGAGAGUGUUUACUUCCGUACAAGACGAGAGCGUUGUCACGUCCACGGCGAUGAUCAAAGCGUACGGGAUAAAUGGCUGUGACGCGAAGGCUUGGAGGGUGUUCAUUGAGAUGAGAGAGAGAAAUGUGGUGUCUUGGACUGCUUUGAUUGGAGCAAAUGCCUUGUGUGGUCAUUUGGAUGAGGCAAAGUUGGUUUUUAGCAAGAUGCCUUGUUGGGAUUUGGUCUCGUUCGAUUGCAUGCUUGGAGCUCAUGCGAACCAGCUCGAGGUCGAGAAGUGUGUGGAGAUCUUUGAAACUAUGCCUCCCCGGAGCAUCAUCUCCUGGAACGCUUUGCUUGCUGCGUAUGCGCUGGAUAGUCUCGUGGAGCUCACCAAGUGGACGUUCUCCAAGAUGCCCAAGUGGAGCAUCGUGUCGUGGAACCUUGUGAUGCAAAUCUUUGGCCACAAUGGACUGGUGGACGAAGCUCGAGCAAUGUUUGAGAGCAUUCCCAAUCGCAACAUCAUGACUUGGAACGCGAUUGUUGCUGCUUAUGCCUCAAACGGACAGGGCCGCGUUGGGAUCGAGCUUUGUACGAGGAUGUUGGUCGAAGGACUCCGCCCGGACAACACCAUCUUCAUAAGCAUCCUCUCGGCUUGCAGCCAUGUCGGGCUCUUGGAUCAAGGCUUGAGCUUCUUUACGUCCAUGAUCCGCGACUUUGAUCUUACUCCAGCCAAGGAACACUACUGCUGCAUGGUGGACAUUCUCGGCCGUGCCGGGCAGCUAGCCAGAGCCGAGGAGCUCAUCGAGACGAUGCCAUAUCUCCCGGACGCGAGAACGCCGCGUCCUACAUCGCGCUGGCUUGCAUCUACGCCGAGCUUCGCAGGAAAGAAGACGAGGUUGCGAUACGAAAAGCCAUGA